CACUCAGUGGCAGCGGACGAGCAGAACGGGUCGGCUGUGUUUACGUUGAGAUGCUCACAACAAAGAACGGCGCACCGCGGAGAGGCUGUCAUUUAAACCCAAACACCGAGGACACAACGGUUUACGGUGAGCCUUACCGACUCCCAGCUUCACGGAGGAAACAACGACUGACACAAACCCGCACUGGCUUCCAUUUUAUACUGACGUGAAGCGGUUUAUUUUCCCUUUAACGGGCUGAGACGCGGAGAAAUUAGGAGCACAUUUUCAUCCCGUUGCCUGCUAGCCUCCGCAAGUUGUGGAGGUGAAGAGCUGGUGGGAGAAGCUAGCAGCUGAAAGACCCGGAGACUCAGAGACCUGGGACAAUAGGAGGACUUUAUCAUUGAGACAGCCAGGACUGGUGGUGCUGCGAGCGACGGGCCCAUGAAGCAUGAGAGGGUGGAGCUGAGGCUCAGCUGACCCUUCCCCUUCCUUCUCCUCCUUUCCCCCGGUGGUCCACUCGAUCAGCACCUCCCCCUCCCUUCCUCUCCUCUCCCUUUCCUGCCUCCUGUCACCCGGCUGGAUCUCCUGCCCUCCUCCUCCUCCACCUCCGAGCCUCAAUCAGCCGAUCCCGAUGUACUCCCCGGAGCAGGAAAACAUCUCCACCACCGCCUCCACCAAAGUGCCAGUGAAGUACGGAGAGCUCAUUGUGCUGGGGUACAAUGGCUCUCUGCCCAACGGGGACCGAGGCCGACGUAAAAGCCGCUUCGCACUUUGUAAGAGGCCGAAAGCGAACGGGGUGAAGCCCAGCACAGUUCACAUCGCCUGCUCUCCACAAGCAGCCAAGGCCAUAAGCAACAAAGACCAGCACAGCAUCUCUUACACUCUGUCCCGAGCCCAGACGGUGGUGGUGGAGUACACCCAUGACAGCAAUACAGACAUGUUCCAGAUCGGUCGAUCCACGGAGAGCCCAAUAGACUUCGUGGUGACGGACACGGUGGCCGGCAGCCAGAGCAACGCAGACACCCAGUCGGUCCAGAGCACCAUCUCCCGCUUCGCCUGCCGCAUCAUGUGCCAGCGCACGCCGCCUUACACCGCACGCAUCUACGCCGCCGGCUUCGACUCCUCCAAGAACAUCUUCCUCGGGGAGAAAGCUGCUAAGUGGAAGACGUCCGACGGUCAGAUGGACGGUCUGACCACCAACGGCGUGCUGGUGAUGCAUCCUCGCAACGGCUUCACCCAGGACUCCAAACCGGGCGUCUGGAGGGAAAUCUCCGUCUGCGGCAACGUCUUCACCCUGAGGGAAACCCGAUCAGCACAGCAGCGGGGAAAGAUGGUGGAGUCUGAGUCUCAGGAGCUGGUCGACGGUUCUCUCAUCGACCUUUGCGGAGCGACCCUGUUGUGGCGCACCUCCGAAGGCCUGGCUCGCACUCCCACCCUCAAACACCUGGAGGCGCUGCGGCAGGAGAUCAACGCGGCCCGUCCUCAGUGUCCGGUGGGCUUCAACACGCUGGCCUUCCCCUCCAUGCGCCGCAAGGACACGCCGGACGAAAAGCAGCCCUGGGUCUACCUGCACUGCGGCCACGUGCACGGCUACCACAACUGGGGCAACCACCGCGAAGAGAGGGAGGGCCGGGAGGGCCGGAGCCGGGAGUGCCCCAUGUGCCGGGCUAAAGGGCCCUACGUGCCCCUGUGGCUGGGCUGCGAGGCGGGUUUCUACGUGGACGCGGCGCCGCCCACCCACGCCUUCAACCCCUGCGGCCACGUCUGCUCGGACAAGACGGCGGCUUUCUGGAGUCAGAUCCCUCUCCCUCACGGCACCCACACCUUCCACGCCGCCUGCCCCUUCUGUGCCCAGCAGCUGAGCGGGGAGCAGGGCUUCGUCAGACUCAUCUUCCAGGGGCCCCUCGACUAGCGGGGCCCCCAGCGUCCUGGUGAAGAUGCAGGGAGAACGUUUUCUAACCACGGACCUGCCCACAUCUGUUUGUUUCCCUGCAGUUCAGAUACAAACUGUUCUCUGCACUUCCUGUCUCUUUCUCAUUUUUAAGUGACCUUUGUAUUGCUUUUUCAUGAAUGACAAAGAUUUCUAUAUUUUCAUGUGAAACCAGAGACACAAAAACCAAACAAAGAACACUGCUGGGUAAACUUUUAACAACAGUAUUUAUCUGAACUACUAACAUGCGGUUUUUAUUCCAGUUUAUUGUAUUCAUCUGUGUACAUCUGAAAGCUAAUUUAAACAAAGAAGUUUAUUUAUGGCCCAGGAUCAUCGCUUCAUCCUUUAUCUGUCAGAUAUGCCUAACUCCAGUACUAUUUAGCAUUUUAAUUUGAAAAGCUCCGUAUAUCGUUUCUCAGAUAUAAAGUUUUGGGUGUGUUCUGAGGGUUUCGUUCCGUGUCCUUCCCCCAUGUUCACCGUAUUUAUACUCCCCGUCCUCUGGCUCACGUUGUGUGUGUUAAACCCUGAGUUCUUCUUCUCUCUCACCACGGCCUUUCUCUCAUUCAGAGCAAUAGAUUUGGAACAGAAACCUCCUGAAGCAUUAUGGGAGUCUUUAUGAGCGCUCCCUCCCUUUAAAGUCCCGUUGAAACGUCUCUCUGUGGGUGAGGGACUCUUUCCUGAUCACAGCCAUGAAGAUGCAGCCAUGUAGCUACACACACACACACACACACACUCUAACCAGCCCUGGUCAAAUGCUUUCUAUUAUAUUAAAGAGGAGGAGCCAUGAUACAGAAAUAACGGAUUCUAUUUAGUGGUGAAAUCCACAGCAGCGCCUCCAUGUGGACGAUGUUUUAUCGGCCGCUGUGAUGUUUGGGGCUGAACUUGUUGUCAGUUAUCGCAAGAACGGCGGCCGAUGUUUAGCCAGACACAUUCCAGUAUUCUGAGCAGUAUUCAAUGAUUAAUUUUAUCCUUGGUCUGAGGGCUUUUUUUUUUGGCGUUUUCCUCCUGCCAGUAUCUAAAAAUGCUCUUCUGGUCACCGUGAGCUCUGCAGGCCGAUAGAGACGUGUUUUAUUCAGACAUGAGGAUGCACAGAUGAUCCAAACUGAGUCGCUUUCAGUCCGUUUCUCUUUUUCCCGCCUGAAUUUUCUCAGUUCAAGAAGCUCCAUCUGACACAAAAAGCAAAAAAAAAAAAAAACACCAAAAACCCAACUGUAGCAGUUUGACUCAGGUCUGAUAAACUCACACAAACACACAUGUGGCUUCAAGCUGCUGAUCCUCUGCAUGGAUGCGUGCUUUACCCGGGCUUCCCGUUAACCUGUGCUUUACAAACGUGUAGCGUUUUAGAGGCGACGACCUCCACGGUGUGAGAACAAAAUAGCAGGACUGCCUGUUCUUACUUUUAUUUUCAUAAACUACAAACUCCAAUGAGAGCCGUAAACGUUUUUAUACUGCAGUAGCUUUGCAAUAACAUCCAGGAGGGCUAAUCGGUUCAUUGUUUUUAGAUCUAAAUGACAUUCUAAUCGCAAGAAUUAUUCACUUUUCUUUGUUUGAGGGCACAUUAUGCUGUUAUGGGAUGAAAAGUAGACCCCUGAAAGGCCACCAGUGGAACCAAAACUAUGAUUUUAAACACGACUUAAAUAGCUAUGUGAAGUGAAAUGACGACAGAUUUACUCAGCAGAAGUUAAUUUAUAUGAUAAGGCCUGAAAACCAAGCGUCUGCAUUACAUGAACUAAUGUACAAACCGGAUAAAUCUGUGAUCAUGUGUGCAUCUGAUUUAACCCUCGUGUCGUCCUGUUUUAAAGUUUGAAAAUAUGGGGGAAAAAAUAUAUAUUUCUACAUUUGCAUCAUUUUUGGGAAAUCUUUGAACAUUUUUUGGUGGGAAAAAAAUAAAUUUUAAAAAUGUUUCUUAAGAACAUUCACAAAAAAAAUCAACCAAAAUCCAGUGUUUGAUUUUUAGUUAAUGUUCUUAAAGAUAAUAGAAGUUUUACUGAUAUAUAUGUAAUCACUUUAGACAUUUUUAGGAUUUUUUGGAAGAUUUUUUUCUAAUUUUUUGAAAAUAUUUAAAAGAAUUUUCUUCCCAAAUUUGUUUUUUUUUGUAAAAUCAAACUUUUAAGGAGUUAUUGGGAUUUUCUUCCUGAAGGUUUUGCAAACUUUCUGAAAUUUGGAGAUUUUUUUUGCUGAAUUUCUGGAGUUUUUUCAGACAAGGAAACAAUAUUUUUUGGUGCCCGUAAAUGAGGACAACAGGAGGGUUAAAACUAUUCUCAUUCAGCUCUCGGCUUCAGAAUCUGGGUCUGCUUUCAACAGCAGAGACGAACAGAUGCAAAAACAGCACACUAAAAGACAAAAGCUAACUGUUUAUGCUAUUUUUAUGAUUACGUUUGUUUUGAUUCAAGAAGAGCAGAUAAGAACAGAUAAAGUUAGACGACUGGUGGCAAUCUAAACAGAAAUAUAAACAACGUAAGUUCAGAACAUAACAGAAGUGUUUAUCUAAAUGGAAACAGGUUGAGAAGAGUUUGUAUAAAGCUGUUAAAUAUUUAAAAAGCUAGCGUUAGCUUGCUAAUAUAAAAUCUGGACCAAUCACAACGAGAUAGGUUAGUGUGAUUAUUUAUUUCCUUCUUGUAUUAAACCACACCACUUCUUCUAACUCUGAAACACGCUGAUUUACUUUCACAUUUACAGAUAUUAUGGAGUAGCAGCUCAGCUCAGGCUCUGAACCUGCAAUGCUGCUUUUACAGCCGGUCGCUUUUCAUCGGACAUUACAGAUGUUUCCUAGCAACCGAUUUACACAAAAAUCAUUUCUCUACCUGAAUUAGAAAAUCACAAAUGAGUUUUUUUGAAGAAGUAAACGAUGGUUUGUGAGUAACUGGUGCAUCCAACUCCAUGAAAUCCGAUCAAAAGAGCAGAAACAGCUGCUGCAGAUGUUUUAUCUGCUUCUGUUUCCAACUUCCACAUGAAAUGCAUAAAUAUAGCAGCCAUGACACCCUCUUACUACCUCUAAACUAGCACACACGAAGCUCAGAGGAGGCAGUCCUGAUGUUUUGCUCUUUCUGUGGAAGCACACGCCCUUCUGCUGCGAAUACACAACACACACACAACGACACACUCCAGCUGUAGAAACGUCCAACAGAAGCAGCUUUACUGAUCAGCCACUUCCACACACAGAGCUCCAGGUGUGUGUGAGCUCUGAACACAGUCCUAUCUGCAGGUAUAAGUGUGUGUGUGUGGGUGAGAGAGAGAUUGUAAUUUAUGCAUUCAUGAUGAUUGUAUGUGUGCAGUUUGUGUGCGUUCAUCUGUAGCUCUCCAGAUCCUCAGACUGCAACACACUAACUCACCUCAGGGAGAAACACAAUGACCUGUGUCACGUCUGCACACACACACACACACACACACACACACACACUGCUAAAGUCUUCUGAGGAUACCUCACAGGUUCAAAAAUCUGUUCUGGGUUCAGAUGUUUGUGUCCAUCAUCCAGUUUAGUUUUGGUUUCAUGGACUCUGUGGAUAAAGUGUGUGAUUAAGGGCUCUCCACGUCUCUCUGCUGUUAUUUCAGCCCUCUUAUUUUAACACAAACACGUGUCUGUCCGUCCAUCCGUCUGUCUGUCUGUCCGUCCUGCAUUCGCUCUUCUCCUGUCCGAGGCGUCUUUGUGCUUGUAAAAGGCGAAAGCAACGAAUGUUUCCAGCAAACACUUUUUGUAACAACUUUAAACAAUAAAGUGUAAAAGUGACACACUUCA